GAGAGAGAGAGAGAGAGAUGGAGGUGUUGAGAUUACCGUUAUCUGCAUCGCAAAAAGGGAGACUGAUUUCAGCAGGCUAUACUUCUAUUGCUUCGCUUUCUUCAAUUUCUCCUUCCCAACUUGCUCUAGAACUGAAGAUUUCGGAAACUGAGGUACUUGAAAUUCUAAAGAUUGUAUCAGAUGGUAGUAGGUUGGAGAGUCCCGGUAGCAGUUGUACUAUUGUCCAUGGUUCCCAGAAUGCCUGGGAUAUGCUGCAGGAAGAGAAAACCCUUGUACGUAUUACCACGUCAUGUGCAGAUUUGGAUGACAUUUUGGGUGGAGGAAUAAGUUGCAAAGAAGUUACUGAAAUUGGUGGAGUUCCAGGCAUUGGUAAAACUCAACUGGGAAUUCAACUUGCAGUAAAUGUUCAGAUCCCAUCUGAUUAUGGUGGACUUGGAGGCAAAGCAAUUUAUAUUGAUACCGAAGGCAGCUUCAUGGUUGAACGUGCUUUACAGAUUGCAGAAGCUUGUAGUGCUGACAUGGUAGAAUACAGUUGCUUGUACAGGAAGGGGUCUCAAGCUUGUGAAGUUAAGAGGCAGCCCAAAGAUUUUCUUGAGAAUAUAUUUUACUUCCGAGUCUGCAGUUAUACUGAGCAAAUUGCACUGGUCAAUUACUUAGAGAAGUUUAUCACAGAGCAUAAAGAUGUUAAGGUGGUUAUCGUUGAUAGCGUCACAUUUCACUUCCGUCAAGAUUUUGAUGACAUGGCUCUUAGAACUCGAUUACUCAGUGGAAUGGCUUUAAAGUUGAUGAAACUUGCCAGAAAAUUUAGUGUGGCGGUUGUUCUACUGAAUCAGGUGACCACCAAGUAUUCAGAUGGUUCAUUCCAUUUAGCACUUGCACUUGGUGAUAGUUGGUCGCAUGCCUCCACAAAUCGGAUAAUUUUACAUUGGAAUGGCAAUGAACGGUAUGCAUACAUCGACAAAUCACCCUCUCUCAAAUCAGCAUCGGCACCAUAUUCUGUGACAGCCAAAGGAAUCAGGAACUCCGCUUCAAACAACAAAAGAAUAAAACAUACGUAAAUUCAUCCAAUAUUCGGCUAGAAUAUGCUAUGUACUGAUUUCUUACGAUCUUAUCGGUUAACAUCAUUUCUAUC